ACCAUCUUCUCUAUAUAAUCUCCCAACUCUGCUCCACUCAUUCCUCCCUCCCCCCCUUUCUUCUCUCUAUCGAUUCAGCCUCGGAGAUUGGAAAUAAAUAUUAAACUAAUUAAGACGAGUUCUUUGUAUACUACAUGUGCCGUGGAAUCCCAUAGUCUGCACUGCUUUUUAUGCUAUUAAGUACUAACCCCACCGUCCAUCUCCGUUACCAUCUAUAAAAAAAACUGUUCUACUACUCUUCCUUCGUUAAUUCAUAGAGGAAAUGGGUGAGGAAGUUAAGCAGGAACAACAACCUCCAGCAGAGGAGAAAACAGAAGACAAGGUGGAGGAGAAGCCUGCUGAAGAAAAUAAGGAAGAAACGCCACCACCGCCACCGCCUCCACCACCUCCUUUUGUAUUGUUUGUGGACUUGCAUUGUGUUGGAUGUGCAAAGAAGAUUGAAAAAACCAUCAUGAAGAUUAGAGGUGUGGAAGGAGUUGUGAUCGACAUGGCUCAAAACCAAGUGACUAUAAAAGGAAUAAUCGAACCCCAAGCUAUAUGUGCUAAAAUCAUGAAAAAAACCAAGAGAAGAGCUAAAGUCCUUUCUCCUUUGCCUGCAGCUGAGGGUGAACCUAUCCCUGAAGUUGUUACUUCACAGGUUAGUGGAUUAACAACCGUGGAACUUAACGUAGACAUGCAUUGCCAAGCCUGUGCUGAGCAACUCAGGAAAAAGAUACUAAAAAUGAGAGGCAUACAAAGUGCAGUAACAGAGCAUAGCACAGGGAAAGUUACAGUGACGGGUACCAUGGACGCGAACAAACUAGUUGAUUACGUGUAUAGACGCACCAAAAAGAAGGCUCGGAUCGUGCCACAACCGGAGCCUGAACCGCAACCGGAACCCGAAAAACAAGAAGAGAAGAAGGAAGGCGAAGAGAAGCCAUCGGAAGAAGCUAAGCCAGAAGAAAACCCGGAUAAAAAAGAAGAAGAAAAACCAGCAGCCGAAGAAGAAGCCAAGGAAGAAGGAAACAAUGAAGCUACUGGUGAGACCAAGGAAGGAGAAGAUAAGAAAGAAGACAACAAUGGCAGCAACAAUGAGGAUGAAUCUAUGAAGAAGAUGAUCUACUAUUAUCAGCCGCUCUACGUUAUUGAACGAAUGCCACCGGCUCCUCAGUUGUUCAGCGAUGAAAAUCCUAAUGCUUGCUGCAUUUCAUAGUCAAAUGAUCAUACUAGUUGACAGUAUAUAGUGUAUAUGUAUAUAUUUUGUUGAGUCCGUGCCACUGGUAAUGAGAAUUUUAGAGCAAAGCGGUGGACGGAUCGCAUGAUGAUCAAUCAGUGAAUGUGGGGAACUCGGGAUAAUCAUAAUACAAGUGAGGUUAAUAAUAAUAUGAUUAUUAUGUAUUAAAAUGUAUCAUUAAUAAUAUGAUUGUAUGAAAAUGUAUCGUGCUGUAAAAAAUAGGGUACACAAAUUUUCUAUAUCAACCUACCUUUACAACAA